AUAAUGUAGUUGGUAACAGGAACAACUACAACAUGGAACUUGACGAAGAUGAUGAAGAUCAGGAGGGAGACUGAGUGUUUCUUCUAGUUGCUCUCAGCAAAUCACUAAGGAAUAUGUGUCUGGAUGAAAGAGUAUAAAUAUCCAUGAAGUUCAUUUCCUCAGCACAGCUGUAGUUUAUCUUUGUCUACACUCUGCUCUCUGAAUGGCUACCAGAAAAUCACAGAUACAUGAAUGACUUUUCAGAAAUUAAUGGAUUAUACUACCAACAUUACAUAUCUAAUACUGGAUGGACAUGUGGAUUUAGAGCAUUACAGAUAUCUUUAUUUUAUUAUCACUCUCACUAUCAACAUAAUGAUUAUAUGCUUUAAUACAGUUAUUAUUUUUGUCAUAUUCAAAAACAAGUGUCUCCAUGAGCCCAUGUAUAUUUUUAUUGCUGCAUUGCUUUGUAAUGCUCUCUUUGGAUCCACAGCUGUUUAUCCUAAAUUGCUGACUGAUUUACUGUCUGAAAAACAAAUCAUCUCUUUUGGAGCUUGUUUAUUUCAGGCAUUUUGUCUGUACACAUAUGGUGCAUCAGAGUUCACGCUGUUAUCAGCUAUGGCCUAUGACAGAUAUGUGUCCAUCUGUAAUCCAUUACAUUAUGCAAAUCUUCUAAAAAUGUCCACUGUCAGAAAGAUCUUAUUUUUAUCAUGGUUUUUGCCUUGUUGUGAAGUUGGAAUAGGCAUUAUACUAACAUCCCGUCUCCAGCUGUGUAAAUUUAAAUUAAACAGAAUAUACUGUGAUAAUUAUUCAAUUGUGAAAUUAAAUUGUAGGGAAACAUUUGUUAAUAACUUAUAUGGUCUUAUCAUUUUCAGCAUUGUUGUAUUUCCUCCAGUGAUCUUCAUAAUCUACUCGUACAUUAGGAUACUCGCUGUGUGUUUAAAGAAUUCUAAAGAUUUCAGAAAAAAAGCUUUACGGACCUGUUUACCACAUCUUCUUAGUUUCAUAUUUUUUUCUGUCAACAUAACUUUUGAAAUUAUAAAUCACAGACUCGAAUCAAAUCAAAUUCCACACAUUAUUGCUAUGAUCCUGUCACUUAUUCCUUCUGUUAUUACUCCUCUAAUUAAUCCUAUAAUAUAUGGAUUAAAACUGCAAGAGAUUUUUAAUAAUAUAAGGAGAUUAAUUUCAUGGAGAAAAUGGUAG